AUGCUCCAUGGUAGCGCAGUUAUGACUUGUACGGAUCAGCGGGCUAGUCGCGUCGAGUGCAACGUGCAGGCUGUCCCCCCUCCCCAGCCCUCACCCUCCGCCAUAACGUCUCCCCCCCCCCCCCGAGCCCCCUUACACCCCCUCCCGCCAAACAAGCAGCCGCGCCGCCCGCCUCCCGCGCCAGUCUGUCGCCGCGCGUCCCCAGCGAUGCAGCUAUCGUAA